AUGCGAGUGCAGGGGCAGAAGGCAGGAGGCUUUGGGGCGGACGUGAUUUGUCGGGCGGUUGGUUUUGUCGGUGGCUGUGCCAGUGCCCUUUCCGAGGCGCCCCACCCGUACGUACACCUGCGCCCAUGCCCAAGCGCUGCAGUUCACCGAGGGUGUCCUCUCCGUGUCUCACAGCAGGGCGCGAGGCACCACCACCAAGCACCGCCACCACCAAGCACCGCCACCACCACCACCACCCCGUGGAGGCUGCGUGAGCGCCCACCCCGACGCGGGGUCCGCCGUGCCCGCACACGCGGGCGCUGGCCUCGUCCUUCCGUGCGCGCCUCUCAGCCGCCGACCUGCGGUGCGGGCGCGGUGCAGGCGAAUUUGGAUGCUGUUCUGGAGUUCCAGCUCUCUGGAGACCUUGGAUUUGAACGUAGCGAUAGCUUAAACAAGUGGGCCUGUCCGAGAAUUGUAGGUGAUGAUGAUGGAGGAAAGCUCUUUACCCCUGAGGAAUAUGAGGAGUACAAAAGAAAGGUAUUACCAAUUCGGUUACAGAACAGGUUGUAUGUGAGCUGGAGAUCACCAACUGGCAUGGACUGUAAGCUUGUGGGACCAGAGACGCUGUGCUUUUGUACUCACCGGUAUAAACAACACAAAACGGACCAUGAAGUGAUUCCCAAAGACCGUCCUAUUUGUGUGCCUUGUAGAGUGAGCCGUUGUCCCUGCCAGUCCUAUCACUAUGUCCCUCUAAACGGCACACAGCCCAUCCGUUGUAGAUGCAAACACUUUGCUGAUCAGCACAGUGCAGCACCUGGAUUUUCAUGUAACUCUUGUUCCAAGUGUUCGGGCUUUCAUAGUUGCUUUACCUGUGCAUGUGGUCAGCCAACAUACGUUCACGAAACAGUCGUGGAAACUAAACAAGAGCGCUUAGCCCAAGGCAAGCCCGUGGGGCAGGAUGUUCCUUAUGCUGCUAUGGGAGGACUGACUGGUUUUAGUUCACUAGCAGAAGGCUACAUGAGACUCGAUGACAGUGGAAUAGGGGCUCCUUCUGCUGAACUUUUAGAAUCCCCUGUUACCAGCAUGGAUCAUCCAUUUCUAAAAGCAUUUCAGGGACCUUCUAGUUCUGCUCAAACCAUCUCACAGAUAGCAGGUGGUUCUAGUGCCACAAGGCAAGUUUCUCAUGGAAAGCAUUCAGAAGAUGAUGACAUGGCUUACUUUGAAAAACGUUAUCAAGAACGGCUUGAAAAGGAGAAGGCUGCUAAACAGAAAGAGAAAAGUCCAGUGCCAUCAAAGAAGCCAUGA